CCCACGUGUCCUGGUGAGGCUGGCGACCCGGGCGUCGCUUCGGGGGAGUCACGGUCUCUGGGUGCUGGAAACCCUCCAGGCCUCCAGGGUUCCGUCUUCACCCCUGGUGAUCCCGCGGGACGUACCUCAGGGUGGCCUGGGCGGAGCCGGGUAGCCGUCCGGGCCCCGCGGGGAAGCCGGACACGAAGGGGUUAACGCACCUGGCCGCCGCCCUGCGGCCCCUCCUCCCGCUGCCGGGUAUAGGAAAGCCUCGGCGGGGGCGCGGCCCGGCCUUCAUCCGCCGAACCCUCCGCGGCGUCCGGAGCUGCGACCCUCGCGCCCUGCUCUGCCGACCUGGCCCGGGCAGCCAUGUCUCUGUGGAAGAGAACUCUCUACAAGAGUGCAUGUCUGGCCCUGGCCCUUCUUGUGGCUGUGACCAUAUUCCAGCGCAGUCUAACCCCUGAUCAGUUUCUGCAGGAGCCUCUACCACCCACGGUGGAGUCACCCCAGACUGGAAAUCUGGUGAAGGCCAACAGCUUCUGGAAGAGCCCAGAGGAUGUAGUGGCUCCCACCCCCAUGGCCUCUGAGGCACCCCAAGCCUGGGAUGUGCUGACCACUAACUGCUCGAUCAACAUCAACCUGACCCAUCAGUCCUGGUUCCAGAACCUAGAGCCACAUUUCCGGCAAUUUCUGGCCUAUCGCCAUUGUCGUUACUUCCCCAUGUUGCUGAAUCACCCUGAGAAGUGUGAAGGUGAUGUCUACAUGCUGGUGGUGAUCAAGUCGGUUAUUACACAGCAUGACCGCCGUGAGGCCAUCCGCCAGACCUGGGGCCAGGAGCGGGAGUCAGCAGGCAGGGGUAGGGGUGCCGUCCGUACCCUCUUCCUGCUGGGCACAGCCUCCAAGCAGGAGGAGAGGACCCACUAUCAACAGCUGCUGGCCUAUGAGGACCGUCUCUAUGGUGACAUCCUGCAGUGGGAUUUCCUUGACAGCUUCUUCAACCUAACCCUCAAGGAGAUCCACUUCCUCAAGUGGCUUGGCAUUUACUGUCCCAGCGUUCCCUUUGUCUUCAAAGGGGAUGAUGAUGUCUUCGUCAACCCCACCAACCUGCUCGAGUUUCUGUCUGACCGGCAGCCAGAGGAAAGUGUAUUUGUAGGUGAUGUCUUGAAGCAUGCUCGGCCCAUUCGCAAGAAGGAUAAUAAGUACUACAUCCCUCCCGUCAUGUAUAACAAGCCCACCUACCCGCCCUACGCUGGUGGUGGGGGUUUCCUCAUGGCCGGCAGCUUGGCUCGAAGACUGCACCAUGCCUGUGACACGCUGGAACUCUUCCCCAUUGACGAUGUUUUCCUGGGCAUGUGCUUAGAGGUGCUGGGGGUACAGCCCACAGGCCAUGAGGGCUUCAAGACCUUCGGCAUCUCUCGGAACCGCAGUAGCCGUUUGAACAAGGAGCCCUGCUUCUAUCGUGACAUGCUUGUGGUGCACAAGCUGAUGCCCAAGGAGCUGGUGGCCAUGUGGGAGCUGGUGCAUGGCAAUCUCACCUGUUCCCGCAAGCUCCAGGUGCUCUGACCACCUGGGCACGUGCCCUCGAGUCCCCAGCUGUAAAGCAUGGGCAUAGCCUUUGAUCCCUGUGGGAGGUGAAGGGUUUGGGCCUUCUGUGCCCCUGGGUGUGGUGGGGUACAAGGAGCCAGAAAGGAACUCCCAGAAAUUCUCAGAAAGUGAGGCCAAGGAACAACUGGAGGUCAUCUGAGGAACCAAGUCCCUCCUAGCUUGGGCCUAUAGCCUGGUACCUCUAAGCUGGUAGGAGGCCCUGGUGGCCUCUGAAGGAACAUUUGCUCAGGUACCUGGGCUAGGCCUGACCUCAGUGGGUUUGUGGCUGCCUCUUGUCAUUACAGAAAUCUCUCCCUGUGAAAUGUUCUGUCUCCCUGAGGGCCAGGUAGCCCUUAUGGGAGCUCAGCCCUGUGCAGGUUCACAGGUGUCCCAGGGUCCAUACUCCAGGGUCUCCUGGGAGCACAGCCCCCCGCCCCAGGCUCUCAGCAGCCUGGGGUCAUUCUCUGCUCCAGGGCUGUGGCUCCUGGCUCCUGUCUUUUGUCCAGAAGCAUAACCAGCCACUCUGACUACCUCAGUGUUCUUCCAAACCUCAGUGUGGGCUUCAGCCCCACCCUACCCCCUGACACAGGGCAGAAAAGCAAUGCUCCUGGCCCCCCAAAUUCUGAUGCUGUCUGACCACAGCCCAAGCCAGGUUCCCUUGCUCAUCUCACUGAAGCUGACUCCCUGGCCAGAAACUGGCCUCUUUGGCCCUGGAAGUGAACAUUCCUCUGUAACUGUGAAAUUUUAUUUAUGAAGAGUUGGAAGAAGGUUCCAGGCCUUGGGAGGUGGUAGACCCUCUUUUACCUGUACUCUCCUUCAUUACCAUGUCCGUGUCGUCGUCAUCGUGUCCCCGUCCUUCACUUCCACUCCUAAAUCCCUACCCCCCUUCUCCAGGGCCUGCACAGACCAUUUCCCCUGUGAGGGAGCGGGUACACAGUGAUGCCAUCUCUUACCUCAGACUGGGGUCACCUGAGAAAGAUGAGGCAUCCUCUUUAUUUUCUAAAUAAAACAGGACUGGUUGCUGGAGAUGUUUGAAGGUGUUUGAGAUAGCUGGUUCCUUGGUCCUCACUGGUGGAUGCAAAAGAACUCCUCAGGAGGCCUUAGAGGGAAGUGAGGUGUUGGUGGUAUAGCAAAAGGCCUACAAACUAUAGCACCCAGCUAC